AUGGAGUGGUGGGGCACUCAUGGUGGUGCUCAAGCUACAGGAGGCGGGAAAGGAGGGAAGUGGGAGCUUCUCCUCAACAACUCCGGCGUGGUGGCCAUGCACAUGACCCUCACCCAUCGCAACACCGUCCUCAUGUUCGACCAGACCAGCGCCGGCCCCUCGCAGUAUCGCCUCCGCCCCUCCGGCAAGCGGUGCACCGACGACGUCUACGAUCCCACCUGCUGGGCUCACUCCGUCGAGUACGACAUCGCCACCAACACGAUCCGCCCCCUCGUCAUCGACACCGACACCUGGUGCUCCUCCGGCGCCUUCCUCGGCAACGGCACCCUCGCCCAGACUGGCGGCUUCGGAAACGGCACUCGGAAAGUUCGUUACUUCAACCCUUGCUCCGACCGCCGCUGCGAUUGGAUCGAGUCGGAGAAAUUGCUCGCCAGUAACCGGUGGUACGCGACGAACCAGAUACUCCCGGAGAAGGACCGAGUCUUCAUCGUCGGCGGCCUCAAUGCCUUCGACUAUGAGUUCCUUCCUAAAUCCUCGGAGAAAGAAGGCGCCUUCGAGCUGCCGUUCUUGCGCCAGACUUAUGAUCGGAUGGUAGACAAGGGCAACAACUUAUAUCCCUUCGUGCACCUCUCUUCCGACGGCAAUCUAUUCAUCUUUGCGAACCGCGACUCGAUACUCUUCGACCACCACCACCACCAGAUUAUCAAGACGUUUCCUCGAAUCCCGGGGGAUGGGGCGCGGAACUACCCGAGCACCGGCUCAUCGGUGAUGCUCCCAUUAGAGCAUGAAGACGUGUUCCGUAAAGUGGAGAUUAUGGUAUGCGGAGGCUCCGUUUCCGGAGCGCCCCGGGCGGCGAAGCGGGGUCAGUUUUUGGAUGCCUUGAGGUCGUGCGGUCGGUUGGUGAUCACCGACGAGAACCCCGAGUGGGCGAUGGAGGAGAUGCCCGGGCCGCGGGUCAUGAACGACAUGCUGAUCCUCCCCACCGGCCAUAUCCUUAUCAUCAAUGGGGCGACGCAAGGGUGUGCCGGGUGGCAGAUGGCCACGAGAGCUUCCUACCACCCUCACCUCUACGAGCCGAAGGAGAGUGUAGGGAAGAGGUUCUCCGUACUAAACUCUACUGGGAUAGCGAGGAUGUACCACUCUUCAGCCAUUGUUCUCCCGGAUGGGAGGAUUUUGGUGGCAGGAAGUAAUCCAUAUCGGCGAUAUACCUUCGGUGUCGCCUAUCCAACCGAGCUGAGGGUGGAGGCCUUCACUCCUUACUACAUGGGGCGGUUCUUCGACUAUAAGAGGGCUCGGAACUUGUCGAUCCAAUAUGAUCGUGGAAGUGAUGGGAUUAGGUAUGGAGAAGAGUUCGGUGUAUGGUUUGAGCUUGAGAGGAAGCCAGCUGAUGUGGUGAAGUUUUAUGCUUACUCGCCGCCCUUUGCGACUCACUCAUUGUCCAUGAACCAGAGGAUGCUGAAGCUGGAGUGCAGAAGUAUGGUGAGGGACGUGGGUGGCCGGACGCAUGCCAUUCUCAAGGCUCCACCAUCUUCUAUUGUUGCGCCUUCUGGGUACUACUUGCUUACCGUGGUUAAUGGAGGGAUACCUAGUAAGUCCGAGUGGGUGAGGUUUAUCCAAUAA